GUCACAGCGUAUCAAAAUCAAAACAAACGCAAGUAGUAGGGCAGCGCUGCAAUCCCACAAAACAGGGCGCUCAAAACGUUCGUCAAUAAUACCCGAAAUCCAAGCUAUGUUUGCGGACGUUGACGUGGACGUGUUCAUUAGCAACUAUACAAUCAUCGAUCCGGAAAUCUAUCAACUAUGGGUGGAAGGCUACACAUUCGUGGAAGCGGUCACGUUACUUAAGCAAAAGGGCGGCCUAUUUGCGGACGUGCCGCCGGAGCUGAUCGCGUCGGACGUGCAGGACCACUACCGCACGUAUGCAAUGUUGGAAAAGUUUCUGCACGCACCACCGAAGCUGUCCGAGCAGCCAACGUUCCAGAUCUGCCCGCAGGACCGUUCGCUGCUGAUCGAGCACUACUACUCGCUGGACGAUGCGGUGGCGCGCGAGCUGUUCGGCAAGAAGCUGAACGCGCGCAACCGCAAGGACCUGGACGAGGUGGCGGACAAGACGGGCGUGCGGUUGAAAUCGUGCCGCCGGCAGUUUGACAACGUGAAGCGCAUUUACAAGGCGGUCGAAGAGACGCAGGGCAACCUGGCGUGCAACAUCCGGCAGCAGUUUAUACUGCCGGAGGAGCUGGCCCAGAAGUAUGCGGCGGUCGUGUUUAUCGCGUGCCUGCGCUUCGAAACGACCAAGCGGAAGCUGCAAUAUCUUAACUUUAAGGAUUUCUACGAAUGUGGACAGGCUUUGAUGACCUUCUGGACGUACACGUACCAGCACUCUGGUGCCGAUUAUCUGGACACCGAGAUGGAUAAGGAGUUUCUGCUCGACUUGCGCGAGAUCCGGUACCUGCUGGACAAGGAGAAAGAAAUUAAGCACUUAGUGUCGCUACGGUUGAAACCGACCCUGUUGGAGCGCGCCUACCAGGAGGUGGAGAACAACUUCCGCUCGUACUACCGGGCGAUCAUUAUGAUCGCGUGCAAUUUGCAUCGUACGCGCGAGCUGCGCUUGCUGUUCGUUGAGCUGACGGAACGGUUGAUCGAACCGUGGAAGCAGAACGGCUGGACGCGGGAGCAGGUGCAGAUGUUUAUGCAGUGCAUGACGCAGUGCGUGCUCGAUUUGGAGGUGCCGCGCGACAACCAGGACAUACGGUGUCUGUGGGACCGGUACAUGCAGGUCAUCAACGUGUGCCUGUUUCGGAUGUAUCACCCGUAAAAGGGCAACCCGCUUGCAAGGUGCCGAUCUCUUAGGCGCUUGUUGGAAGGGGGGCAAAAAAUAACGCAAUAGGGAUAGGGAAAGCAUUGGUUUGUGUGUACCGCUUCCAUAGUCAUACCAGGCAGAGUUUUAAUAUAUAAAUAAAUUCUUCAU